GGUUCAACGGGUGCUUUAUUUCAGCAUGUUGUGUGUCAAUGGCGCCCUCUGUCGACAGACGCGUUUCUCGGUUCUACUCGGCACUGUUUUAUUAAACCUCUCCCUCCCUCGACGUCAGCUUUUGGGAACUCGGGCAAGGGAAAGUUUAGGGAGAACAAAAGUCCGCUGUUGUCUAUGUAUGGAUGAAUGCUGAAAGUCUGUCGGUACAGGAGAGAAAACUAGCGCAGUGCGGACCGAAAUGGUGAAUGCGUGGCAUCCGCAGUGAAAAGCUCCCCACAGACGCGUUAAAAGGGCUGUGAGCAAACUUUUACCAUUUUGCUUUUUAUGGAUUUUUUUUUCCUCGUAUCUGGAAGGACAGAGACAACAAAGCGAAAAUUAGGUUCACCGGUGACAGUUUUCCAAGGAAAGAAAAUCCAUGAAGUUUGAAACGAGGAGGACAUUAAUCAGAGGGAAGGAUUUUAAAAGGCUGCGCGUGUGACUGAGUGUUAGGAACAAAAAGGGGUAAAGUCAUCUAAAACUUGGUCUAAUUAACUAGGUGAAGAACAAUGGCAAAGAAAUACGACUUCCUCUUUAAAUUAUUGCUUAUCGGCGAUAGUGGUGUUGGCAAGACCUGCUUGAUCAUCCGUUUUGCAGAGGACGAUUUUAGUUCAACGUACAUAUCAACCAUCGGUAUUGACUUCAAAGUGAAGACCGUUGAGGUUGAGGGAAAGAAAGUCAAACUGCAAGUCUGGGACACAGCAGGACAGGAGAGGUUUAAGACCAUCACUACUGCAUACUACAGAGGGGCUAUGGGCAUCAUCCUUGUGUAUGACAUCACUGAUGAAAAAUCCUUUGAGAAUAUUCAGAACUGGAUGAAGAGCAUCAAAGAAAAUGCAUCAGCAGGUGUAAGUCAGAUGUUACUGGGUAACAAGUGUGAUAUUGAGGCCAAAAGGAAAGUGUCAAAGGAGAUAGGUGAGAAGCUCGCAAAGGAACAUGGUAUUCGAUUCUUCGAGACUAGUGCAAAAUCGAGCAUCAACGUUGAGGAGUCUUUUGCUGCUCUUGCACGAGACAUUUUGCUGAUGUCAAAUAAGAAGCCGGGUCCCACUGAUCGUGAGGUUAAAAUUACCAGCACAGAGAAAAAGUCAUCCAAAUGUCUUCUUCUUUAGAUAUGCUUUUAUCCAGAGGAUGGUCUCACUACACACAAACACACACAAUCACAUACAGUAAUAUCGCGGUGUUAAUGCCAGGGAAUCGUUUGCAAAGUUAACAUGGAAUGCUAAUAGGAAGUAGUUUCAAAGUAUGAUGGCACUAGUAAGAUAUGAAAUACAUGAUACGAGAUCUGACACAGGGUACAACCUUCAUGCAGUUAGAGGAAAAUCAGAAUUUUUUUUUACUUCAUGUUUAUAUUUUCGCACUACGCAACAAAAACUGACUUGGCUAUAGUUGAGACAAUGUUGGUUCGACUUGCACAAGUUUUGCUUCGUCAAAAUGGAUAACAAGUACCUAUUGAAUCUGUAUCUUUGACAACUUCAAGGGAAAUAUAUAGUCCAGUUUGAUGGCUAAUCAGCACUUUUUGACAAAUGGUUUCAAUGUUUAUUGCUAUAAAAGGUGAACAACUUCAAUUUGAAAGACGUUGGACUCUAAUGGAUUUUAGGAUGUUAGAUGAGAAAAUAAUUGAUGGAUUAAGGUUGGGAUUAUAAUAAUGUUCUAUUGAAAAUUCACAGUUUGUUUCUACAAAAGGGAUAAUGGUCCGAAAUAAUAAAAAUUUUGCAUGAAGUUUGUGUCUUCCUGCCUUAAUACACAUUUCUAUAUUCUUUUCCACAGCAUAUUUGUCAGAAUUUGUACAAUGAUAUUCUUUUAAUAAAGUAAAUAAUGUUCAAAAUCUCA